AUGGCGUUUCCUUUCCCUCAGGGGUGGGCACGACCCAAAGUGAAGCUCUACGAGGGAGACACCGACCCGCAGGAACACGUGAACUUCUUCGUGGGCGCGAUGCAGUACGCUGGGGCCAGCGACCCUUUAUACUGCCGCUGUUUCCCCAUGAGCCUUGGAAAAGGACCCAUGAACUGGUUCCAGAAUUUACCGAGCAACUCACUGCACGACUGGAACGGAGUUGUGUCAUGCUUUUUAGCCCAGUAUUCCUCGGUGCGCAGCAUACCGAAGACUGCGCAGACUUUGGCCUUGGUUAAGCAGAAGGAGAAGGAGUCUCUGAAGGCAUUUCUCAAUCGUUUCAACAAGGAGGCCGGUGAUAUCACCGGACUCCUCCCCGACACAAGGUUGGUCCUGGCUACCGCAGCCCUUGCGCCAGGACCGUUCCUGACCUCUCUGGACGGCAAGCCCGCCAACACUCUGGAGGAAUUCCUAGCUCGAGUAGAAAAAUUCAUAAACAUGGAAGAUGCCGCGACCCUAAGAGCCGCGAGUCAGACGCUCGCGAUCAAAGGACCGCCGAAGUUGAAGGAAAAUAAGGACCAACCUUCGACCCGAGAGUCCCGACGGAAGGGUCAGGACGAACGGAAGUCGAAGCGAAAGUAG